UGUGCAACAGAGAAGAUGUCUCUUCAGAUGAUACCAACUAUUAACAAUUCUUCUCUGAUACAACCAGGAUUUUCUUUGCUGAAAUUCAAUGGCCAAGUUUUCUUGUUUGGACAGAAAGGCUGGCCAAAGAGGUCUUGUCCUACUGGGGUUUUCCUUCUUGAUUUCAAAAAGAAUGACCUCAAACUGAGGCCAGCAUCUUUCUCCAAAAAUUCCUGCUACCUUCCCCCUUUGCGUUACCCUGCACUCUGCACAAUCAAAAGCAGUACAGAGGCCGAGAAAUGCCAGUAUAUCAUCCAUGGAGGGAAAAACCCAAACAAUGAACUUUCUGAUAAAUUGUACAUCAUGAGCAUAGCAAGCAGAACUAGCAAGAAAUUCACUUUUAGAUGCAUUGAGAAAGAAUUAGUUGGAGAGAUCCCUGAAGCUAGAUAUGGCCAUACAGUUGAUGUGGUUUAUAGUCUAGGGAAAAAAAUGAUUGUUGUAGUUGGAGGAAGAUCUUACAUGGCUCUUGGACAAAGGACCACAGAAAACUGGAACAGAGUGAUUGACUGCAUGCCACACAUUUUUCUGGUUGACCCUGAGUAUGGAUGCUGUACCUCGUAUAUUCUCCCAGAGCUUCAGAGUGGAUUCUCUUUUCAUCUCUCCCUUGCCAGAAAUGACACCAUUUAUAUCAUAGGGGGCCAUUCCAUUGAAAACAACAACAGACCUCCAAAUCUCUAUAAAAUAAAAGUUGAUCUACCCAUAGGCAGCCCAGCUGUGAACUGCUGUGUCUUGUCUGGGGGGAUUUCUGUUUCCAGCGCCAUUGUAACACAGAUGAAUGAAAAGGAGUUUGUCAUUGUUGGAGGUUACCAUUCUGACAACCAGAAAAGGAUGGUUUGUAAUACAAUAAACCUAGAAGAUAACAAGAUAGAGAUAGUGGAAAGGGAGGCACCAGAAUGGGCCCCAGAUAUCAAGCACAGCAAGAUAUGGUUUGGGAGUGAUAUGGGAAAUGGAGCUAUACUGUUCGGUAUACCAGGGGACAACAGACAGUUACACUUAGAUGCAAAUUACUUUUAUAUUUUGAGAUGCCAAGAAGUGGGAGAAAAUGAGCAAGACUCUGAACAGGUGGCACAAGUGUGCAGUCAAAGUUCUACAGAAGAUGCAGGAGAUUCCACUCCUUUUGAAGAUUCAGAGGAAUUCUCUUUCAGCUUUGACAGUAUCAGCUAUAUUGACACCCAUAAUGAUGAGGAUGAUGAUGAGUCAGAAGGCUACUGGAUCACCUGCUCUAAAAGCUGUGAUGUUGAUAUCAAUACCUGGGUGCCCUUCUACUCAACAGAGCUCAACAAGCCUGCAAUGAUCUUCUGUUCGAAUGGAGAUGGCCAUUGGGUUCAUGCCCAAUGCAUGGAACUAUCUGAGAACAUGUUGAUUCACCUUUCACAGGUAAAUGUCAAAUACUUCUGCAAUGAACAUGUAACUUUUAUUAGGGGUCUGCAAACCCCUAAGGAGAAGCUGCCAGUGGAAAAGCAACCAAUGAAAGCAUUGCGCAGGAGAACCCCCAUGAAAAUAGCCACUCCUAUGAAAAAGUCCUUUAUCCGAAAACUAUUUGAGUAG